UUGGUUCCACCCAUAUUUUACUGAUGCUUGGGCUGUCUAAAUUCUCACCCCAGACGGAAACAUCGGGAGAGACAACAAACACAUCGGUCAUUGACAGACCAACGUCAACAUGAAGGCUUUUAUGCUUAUGUUCAUGGGAAUAGGCCACCUUCAUGAAGCAUUUGCUGUGACUCACUCCCUGGAGCAUUUCUACACUGCAUCUUCUGAACUUCAUAACUUCCCAGAGUUUAUGGUUGUGGGGAUGGUGGAUGGUGUUCAGAUGGUUCACUAUGACAGCAACAUCCAGAAAGCGGUGCCCGAAAAGGACUGGAUGAAGCAGACAGACACAGAGUUCUGGGAGAAGGAGAAAGAGAAUUUCUUUUAUUCCCAGAAGUCAUUCAAAGCUGAAGUCGCUAAUCUAAAGCAGCAUUUGAACCAAAGUGGAGGAGUCCACAUUCUCCAGUACAUGUAUGGCUGCUCACGGGAUGAUGAGACUGAACAGACAGAGGGGUUUGGACAGCUGGGUUAUAAUGGGGAGAACUUCCUUGAGUACGACAUGGAGACAUUAACUUGGAAAUCUCGUAAACCGCAAGCUAAUUUCAUGCAGGAUGAGUGGAACAGUGACAUCAGUAGACUGGGCUUCUGGAAGAACUACUUCUCCCAGACCUGCAUUGAUUGCCUGAAGAAGCAGGUGGACAAUGGGAAGAGCACUCUGAUGAGGACAGUCCCUCCCUCAGUGUCUCUGCUCCAGAAGACCCCCUCCUCUCCAGUGACCUGCCACGCUACAGGUUUCUACCCCAGUGGAGUCAUGGUGUUCUGGCAGAAAUAUGGAAAAUACCAACAUGAAGGUGUGGAGCAUGGAGAGAUUCUCUUCAACGAUGAUGAAACCUUCCAGAAAAGCACCCACCUCACAGUGAUGCCUGAGGAGUGGAAGAACAACAAGUAUCAGUGUGUGGUUCAGGUCACUGGUAUCAAGAAGGACUUCAUCAAGGUUCUGACUGAGUCUGAGAUCCAGACCAACUGGAAGGACCCAGCCCCCAACAUUGUCCUCUACAUUGGAGGGGUGGUAGCUUUCCUCCUGGUUGUUGUUGUUGUUGUUGUUGGGGUCAUCAUUUGGAAGAAGAAGAGUAAGAAAGGGUUUGUUCCAGCCAGCACUUCCAACACUGACUGGGACAACUCUGGGUCGACUGGGACCCGGCUGGCCCUCACCACGUCUAGGGGGCACUGGAGGUCGACUGGGACCCGGCUGGCCCUCACCACUUCUAGGGGGCACUGGAGGUCGACUGGGACCCGGCUGGCCCUCACCACUUCUAGGGGGCACUGGAGGUCGACUGGGACCCGGCUGGCCCUCACCACGUCUAGGGGGCACUGGAGGUCGACUGGGACCCGGCUGGCCCUCACCACGUCUAGGGGGCACUGGAGGUCGACUGGGACCCGGCUGGCCCUCACCACGUCUAGGGGGCACUGGAGGUCGACUGGGACCCGGCUGGCCCUCACCACGUCUAGGGAGCACUGGAGGUCGACUGGGACCCGGCUGGCCCUCGCCACGUCUAGGGGGAACUGGAGGUCGACUGGGACCCGGCUGGCCCUCACCACUUCUAGGGGGCACUGGAGGUCGACUGGGACCCGGCUGGCGCUCACCACGUCUAGGGGCCACUGGAGGUCGACUGGGACCCGGCUGGCCCUCAAUACGUCUAGGGGGCACUGGAGGUCGACUGGGACCCGGCUGGCCCUCACCACGUCUAGGGGGCACUGGAGGUUGACUGGGACCCGGCUGGCCCUCACCACGUCUAGGGGGCACUGGAGGUCGACUGGGACCCGGCUGGCCCUCACCACGGCUAGGGGGCACUGGAGGUCGACUGGGACCCGGCUGGCCCUCACCACGUCUAGGGGGAACUGGAGGUCGACUGGGACCCGGCUGGCCCUCACCACUUCAAGCUCCAUAGGAGACGUUGCUUUUAGCAAAAUGAUUUCCUUCUGUCUCUUGUUUCUCUGGAUUCCUACAAUGUCUGCAGAUCCCCACUCUUUGAAAUACAUAUACACUGCAGUCUCAGGUGAUACUGACUUCCCAGAGUUCACGGUGGUGGGUUUGCUGGACGACCAACAGUUUGUGCACUUUGGCAGCAACACCAAGACACUGGUCAACGACGCUGAGUGGAUGAAUAAGACAGGAAAAUACUACAGGGAACUCUACAAUGAGACCCUGAUUAACCAAUAUGAAGGCUUCAAAAACCUCAUUACGUUUGCAAAGAAGCAGUUUAACCAAACCCAGUCAAAAGGUGUUCACACAAUCCAGAACUUGUACGGCUGUGAGUGGAAUGAUGAGACUGAACUCCAAGAUUAUUUCCAUCACUAUGGAUACGAUGGUGAGGAUUUCAUUUCAUUGGACAUGAAGACCGUAAGAUGGAUAACCUCCGUACAGCAGGCAGACACCAUCAAACAGAAGUGGGACGACAACAGCAAGGAUCUGCACUAUCUCAAAUGGUACUUCACUAAGGAGUGUAUUGACACUUUGAAGGAGUAUGUGAACUUCGCCAGCAGCGUCUUGAAGAAGAUAGUCCCUCCCUCAGUGUCUCUGCUCCAGAAGACCCCCUCCUCUCUAGUGACCUGCCACGCUACAGGUUUCUACCCCAGUGGAGUCAUGGUGUCCUGGCAGAAAGAUGGGCAAGAACAGCAUGAAGAUGUGUUGCAUGGAGAGAUUCUCCCCAACGGUGAUGGAACCUUCCAGAAAAGUGCCCAUCUCACAAUCGACUCUGAGAAAUGGGAGAACAACAACUACACCUGUGUGGUUGAGCACAAAGAAAACAUCAUCGCCAUCAGACUGAAUCAGUCUGUGAUAAAAACAAACAGUGUCAAGCUUCUUGAAACUGUCCCCAUCAUUAUUGGAGGAGGAGUGGUAGCUGUCAUCCUCCUAGUCACCUUCAUCAUAACUAGGUUUAUUAUGUGGAACAGGAAGAGUACAGCCUCUGAUGAUGGUUCCAACCCCUCCAUGACACAGCAGAACCAGAUACAACUUGAGGUUUCUCUCUCACUAAUCAAACAGGAGAGAAGCAGAGAAAAGAGGACCUUUAUUGAAGGACAGUGAGGCCAGCUGAAAAGUGCUACCGAACAAUAGGAUAUUUCAUCUCAUGAUUAACACCAUGUCUGCUCAAAUCCGACAUCACAGCUCUUAUGAAUAUACCACACAGUACUUGAAUAUAGGAAAAACCCGCCGUCACUGAAAUAUUCUUUAAGUUUUCAUGCAUUUUUUAGCAGCAGAGAUCGGAACAAAUGGACACGUUUAGGCGGAAGCUUCGUCAGCGUUUGGAGAACAAUCAGCAUUCACCCAUAUUUAUAGAUGACAUCAUAUGGCAGUACUGCUUGUUUCUUUUUUUACAAACAUUAUUUACAUAAUUACUUAUUUAUAUUAAUUAUUUCAAUGAAUUAUUUACAUACAUUAUCUAUUAUUUUCCACAAGAUAUUCCAAAUCUACCACAAACUAUUCAUGACGGCAGAUUACCAUGUUUUUCUAUUAUGUAAAAGGGUUUUCAGCAAUAAAGUUGGAUUGUUAAUACCA